GCGGGCGGAGGCAGGGCGAGCGCGGCGCGAGGAGCCGGCCUCCACCCCUGCGCCCGCAGGACGGGGGCGGCCGCGCGGCCGGGCGGGGACGGCACGCAGGCUCGCGGCGCGCACCCGGCCGAGCGGCGCCGGCAGCCGGGGCGAGCGCGAGAGCGGCGGCGGCGAAGGAUGCAGGGCAAGAAGCCGGGCGGCUCGUCGGGCGGCGGCCGGAGCGGCGAGCUGCAGGGGGACGAGGCGCAGAGGAACAAGAAGAAGAAAAAGAAGGCGUCCUGCUUCUCCAACAUCAAGAUCUUCCUGGUGUCCGAGUGCGCCCUGAUGCUGGCGCAGGGCACGGUGGGCGCCUACCUGGUGAGCGUGCUGACCACCCUGGAGCGCAGGUUCAACCUUCAGAGCGCCGACGUGGGCGUCAUCGCCAGCAGCUUUGAGAUCGGCAACCUGGCACUCAUCCUCUUCGUGAGCUACUUCGGCGCGCGCGGGCACCGGCCGCGCCUCAUCGGCUGUGGCGGCAUCGUCAUGGCGCUGGGCGCACUGCUGUCGGCACUGCCCGAGUUCCUCACACACCAGUACAAGUACGAGUCCGGAGAGAUCCGCUGGGGCGCUGAGGGCCGCGACGUGUGCGCCGCCAACGGCUCUGGGGAGCAUGGGCCCGACCCCGACCUCAUCUGCCGGACGCGCUCUGCCACCAACAUGAUGUACUUGCUGCUGAUCGGCGCGCAGGUGCUGCUGGGCAUCGGGGCUACCCCGGUGCAGCCACUGGGCGUCUCCUACAUCGACGACCACGUGCGCAGGAAGGACUCCUCGCUCUACAUAGGCAUCCUGUUCACGAUGCUGGUGUUUGGGCCGGCCUGUGGCUUCAUCCUGGGCUCAUUCUGCACCAAAAUCUACGUGGACGCCGUCUUCAUCGACACAAGCAACCUGGACAUCACACCCGACGACCCCCGCUGGAUCGGAGCCUGGUGGGGCGGCUUCCUGCUCUGCGGUGCCUUGCUCUUCUUCUCCUCGCUCCUGAUGUUUGGCUUCCCGCAGUCGCUGCCCCAACACGUGGACCCCACCCUGGAAAGCGAGCAGGCCAUGCUGCCCGAGCGAGAGGAUGACAGGCCCAAGCCCAGCAACGGGGUCCUGCGGCACCCGCUGGAGCCGGACAGCAGCGCCUCCUGCUUCCAACAGCUGAGAGUGAUCCCCAGGGUGACCAAGCACCUGCUUGCCAACCCCGUGUUCACCUGUGUCACCCUGGCCGCCUGCAUGGAGAUCGCGGUGGUGGCCGGCUUCGCUGCCUUCCUGGGCAAGUACCUGGAGCAGCAGUUCAACCUCACCACCUCCUCUGCCAACCAGCUGCUGGGCAUGACAGCCAUCCCGUGCGCCUGUCUGGGCAUCUUCCUCGGGGGACUGCUGGUGAAGAAACUCAGCCUGUCGGCCCUGGGGGCCAUCCGCAUGGCCAUGCUGGUCAACCUGGUGUCCACGGCCUGCUACGUGUCCUUCCUCUUCCUGGGCUGCGACACGGGCCCCGUGGCCGGAGUCACCGUUCCCUAUGGAAACAACUCAGUGCCCGGUGCCACCCUGGACCCCUACUCCACCUGCAAUCGCAACUGUGAGUGCCAGACGGACUCCUUCACACCCGUGUGCGGGGCCGAUGGUGUCACCUACCUGUCUGCGUGCUUUGCCGGCUGCACCAGCACGAACCUCACGGGCUGUGCCUGCCUCACCACCGUCCCCCUGGAGAAUGCCACCGUGGUGCCCGGCAAGUGCCCCAGCCCCGGCUGCCAGGAGGCCUUCCUCACCUUCCUGUGUGUGAUGUGCGUGUGCAGCAUGAUCGGAGCCAUGGCCCAGACGCCCUCCGUCAUCAUCCUCAUCAGGACUGUCAGCCCCGAGCUCAAGUCGUACGCGUUGGGUGUGCUCUUCCUGCUGCUGCGCCUGCUGGGCUUCAUCCCGCCACCACUCAUCUUCGGGGCUGGCAUCGACUCCACCUGCCUCUUCUGGAGCACCUUCUGUGGGGAGCAGGGUGCCUGCGCACUCUACGAUAACGUGGUCUACAGGUACCUGUACGUGAGCAUUGCCAUCGCGCUCAAGUCCGUGGCCUUCAUCCUCUACGCCACCACGUGGCAGUGCCUGCGGAAGAACUAUAAACGCUACAUCAAGAACCACGAGGGCGGGCUGAACACCAGCACCGAGUACCAGGACAUGGAGACCCAGAAAGCCCACCCCGAGUCCCGGUCGCCUUCGGAGGAUUCCUUUGUGCGAAGCUGAGGGCCGUCCUCUGCCUCUUCCUGCAGACAGCGACGUGUCCCACCCAGUGCAGCACCCCACUGUGCCCCCGCGGGUGCCCAGGGCCAAUCCGACUAGCAUGGUCCUCUGAGGGCCUGGCAGAGGCCUGUGACGAGGACCAAGGUGGUGACGUGGUCAGGAGCCCUGCCAGUGGCCCUGGGAGUGGGCCUGCCCUGGGCCACUCCACUCAUGCCAACCCCGUACACACACCGCCAGCUCCGGGAGUAAUGCACUUUAGGAGACCCUGCUUGGGGUCGGCCAGAAUCUGCCAGGCUGGGCCUGGCUCUUGGCCGAGGAGAGGAUGCGGGUUCCGGGCGGCCACUAUGUGUGGCUCGCCCAUCUUGUCCGGCUGAGCCGAGCAGACAGGUGGGAAACAAGGUCCGUGUGACCACUGGCAGAAAGUCACAUUAAAAGCACUAUUUUCAUUCUCCCUG